AACAACUGUCACUUGUCCUUGUCCAUAUGUUUUAACAUAACCAAGAAAACUGUAUAAUAAAUAAAAUAAUUGAUUCGUUUAAUAUAAGAAAAAUGCCUGAACACGAGGACUUAUCAGAUGUCAUAAAAUUGGUUAGCGACAUAAGACAUAAGAAGUUAUUCAAUUCCUAUGAUAUCGCUUUGAGGUCUGAGGAGCUCUUGGAGAAAUUAAUCUCUCAUGGACAGUGGAGAAGUGCUAGGGAACUUAUGGCGCUGGUAAAAAUUUGGAUAAAAUACAUUACGGAAAAUCUUCCACAAGAGGCUACUGCUGUGAACAUAAUGAGGCAUGUUUUAAAAAUUAUUAGGGAAGAGUACGAAGCUGCUUCAAAGAAAAAAGGAGAGGGUCAGUCGUUGCAUCAGCUGGUAACCGCUAACCCGAAUAAUAUAUUAGAUUAUUCAGAAUCUUUGGGUAACCUUAAAUCUAGCUUAUUGGAUCACUUAACCGAGUACAAAGUCGAAGUAGAAUCAAGUACUGACAACAUAGCAGCACAAGCCCUGGAACACAUUCAUACAAAUGAAAUAAUACUUACAGUUGGAAAAUCUAACACUGUGGAGAGAUUUCUAAAGUCUGCUGCUAUGAAGAGGGACUUUAGUGUUAUCGUAGUUGAAGGAGCACCUUUUUAUUAUGGCCAUGCAAUGGCAGCAAGUCUAGCGAAAAGCAACAUAAAGACGACGGUAAUCCCCGAUACUGCAGUCUUUGCCAUGAUGUCUCGAGUUAAUAAAGUCAUCAUUGGAACUCAUACAGUUUUGGCGAAUGGUGGCUUGCGUGCGGCAAGUGGUAUUUACGCUGUUGCCUUAGCUGCUAAGCAUUAUUCUGUCCCAGUAAUGGUGCUGUCAAAUAUGUACAAAUUUACACCGAUCUAUGUCGCUUCACAUGACCGCAGCGCAUUUAACGUUUGUGCGUCUCCUGCCGAUGUCAUACCUUAUUCUAGUGGACAAUUACUGAAUAAAAUCGAAGUUUAUAAUCCCGUAUUUGAUUAUGUUCCCCCUGAACUCGUCACUCUCUUCAUAUCUCAUCAGGGAGGAAACGCUCCAUCUUAUGUAUACCGAUUAUUGUCUGAACUGUACCAUCAAGACGAUUACGAUAUAUAAAUUAUGAAUUUUAGGCCAUAACUUUAAAGAUUGUAUAAAUAUAUUCAAGUUGGUAAAUUAUAUGAAUUAAAUUUU